GAUGUAUGCGAUUACACGCCAAGCGAAUUUACUGACUCGCCUGGGCGAUCUGGAAUGCCUCAUAUUGCUCGUAUCCUGCAUUUGCCACGAUCUCGAUCAUCCUGGCUACAACAACAUCUAUCAGAUCAAUGCACGCACCGAACUGGCACUCAGAUAUAACGAUAUCUCGCCGCUGGAGAAUCAUCAUUGUUCGAUUGCAUUCCGUUUGCUGGAGCAUCCCGAGUGCAAUAUAUUCAAGAACUUUAGCCGUGACACAUUCAAGUGAG